AUAUAACCGUCAUUAGACGUGUCUGAAAGACGCUCUCAUGUCUCUGUGGCCCAGGCUAUUUUACACCGAGGCCGCUGCGACGUUCUCUAUUGGCUCAUUGGAUGACCAGAGUAACGCGACGCGAUAGCAUGCAAUGCGAAUCAAGUCAGUGACGUACUCUUGUGUCUUCUCUGAGACUUUGUGGGUGUUCGGCAGAGCUUCAUCGGCAUCGUAAGGGUGGGGUCGGCAUUCUGCCACGGCCUGACCUUCAUGAGACUUCAUGGCCAGAUGUUCAAGAUGCGAGAUGAGUCGGGAGGUGAACACCAACGCACUGGCGCGGGAUGUCGUUUCACUCCAGGACCUACAGCAGAUUGUCUCUGGAGGAGCACGAUCCCGUCCUUGGCUCCUGAAGCGACAUGGUUUUCUCGUUGCGCUCUGGUGCGGUUCGGGGGAAUGGCAAACCUACGGAAUACUGUGUUUCUUAUCUUACCGCUUCGGUUGUUUUGCGAGUGUUUUCGGCCGUGGGAUGACCGAACUUCCCAAAGGAUGCUUUGGAAUAUGGCCUCAAACUGUAAAAAUACUCUGGCUUUCCAGGUGUUGUUUGGUGGGUCACACGAGUUGAGGGUGAACCAUUCAAGGGGAAUAGACGGGAGGCCAGCAAGGGCAUUAUUGCAGUUGAGGGUCUGGGAGGGUUUGGGACUAGGUCUCAUAGAUGGCGAGCGUCGGUGCUUUCCCGUUUCUUUGUGCUUGGAAUCGUGCCCCAUCACUCUACUCCUUACACCCCGUCUCCACAAUCAUUUUGUCACUAGCAUGACUUGCGAUGCUCCAUGAACUGCUCUUUUAACAUGGAAAGACGGCUUGGAUUCAGUUGACACAUUCGUGACGCCAUUGCGCUUUCUUCAGCCACCCGACUUUGCCCUUACGACGCGAUGAAAGGAGGAAUCAGCAGGCUAUGUCCCAGCCAUGCGAGUGCAAUUCAGCUUUCCCACUA